AUGUACUUUGAACAUAGAUUUAGGAAGAGUACAACUUUAAAUUCUUGAAUUGGGGGGUUACUUAGUAAAUAUACAAUCAUGUAGCAAACAAUCAUUCGCAUUGUUGGACCUCUUAAACCAAAAAACGGCAUGAAUGAAGCAACAACUUAGAGUUCUAUUCAGAUUGAUUUGAGCUCUUGUCAUUCCAUCGGCCAGCUUUGGUCCAAUAGAUGGUAGAGACCUUAAACUCCAGCCAUGUGCCACUUGUCGCCACACCUUCCAUAUAGAAAGCAGACUGAAGACGAAAACAGUAUUCAAUAUACGUGCACAAUGUUGAAAUAGUAAUGAAGGUAAUUCCCCAUAGCAUGAAAUUGGUUGGAAAAAGAAAACUACAAGUACAUCUAGUGAGAAAAGGUGAUGUAUUGUCAAUCAAGCAGCCCCAGGCAAGAAGGGCCUCAUCAAAACUUGGAAAGUUGCAUCCCUAGAAGUCUACAUAUACAUAAUUCUACUUCCCAAGAGGCCCAGUGAUCUCCAGUCCUUCCUCGAAUCAAAAAAUUCUUAACGGAACCAAUUCUGUGUCCUGUAGUUCUUUUUAUGUGUCUGUUUAACUGUUUUUUCCUAUAAACUUGCGUAUAGAGUUCCUCAAAACUUCCAAGACAUCUUCCUGUACCUGCAGGUUACAGAUAAUGGAUGGUGAGAAGAGGAAGAACACCAGUCUCGGCGAGGUCUCAUUUUCUUCUUAUCUUGGCACAGCAGAAGAGAUUUCUGUGCAUAAGAUUGCAGAACCUGCAAUUCAGCAUCCCUAUCCUGCCAUUGCUCCAACUGUAGGAAUUCACGCUCCUGCACGCUUAGAAAGAAAUAAGACCGAAGAGGGUGAAAUCAGUGUCUUUGGUGCUGAAAAAUACUUCAACAUGACGCUGGAUGAUGAUGGUCCCAGGCUUGAUGACAAGUAUUCAAAUAAGCAGAGUCUUAAGAUUAAAAACCAAAUUAAUCUGCAUCAGAUGACUCCAAGGCGCUGGCCUGGCACUCCAAGUGCAAGUUCUGAAGCAAGCUGGAACAGCCAAACUGUUCUGUUACGAAGUUUUAUGAGGAACCGAUCUGAAAACAAGCAAAAGAAGGCAGAUGGAAGGAGCUUUUUCUCCAGUCUUAGCUGCGGCGGGUCUUGUUCAGAUGGGAAAUCUGUUUAUGUCAAUCAAAAUGUUGAUCAUGGAAGGGUUCAUGGAAAGGAUUACAGAAAAGAACACAUUCAAAUCAACCACAGGCCUAUCAUUAUGGAUAGAAGGAAGCUGCCUCAAGCAAAAUUUCAGGUGAAAGAUGAGUUUGACAACCAGAGUUUUGAUCAGAUGAGCGUGGAAUCAAAAAGAGAAGUGUACUUUGGACCACCAGUGAAACCUGGACUUCAAAAUGUGACAGUUAAAACAGAAUGGGAUGAUCCACGAAAUUCCCUUGAAGUGUUUGGCUCCACUGCGAUGAAGAAGGGAGACAUAGCCAAGAACAUGGAGAGGAAACUGUCCAUGUUAACUUGGGAUGCCAUUCCAAAUGCCCCAACCAUUUCAUCUAUUUCCAGAAGCAACCAGGUAGUGGAUGAUAUUGAGAGUGAUGCUAGCUCAGAUCUCUUUGAGAUAGAUAACAUAUCCGGCUGUGGUCAGGCCAUGCUCACAAGGCAAGCAUCUGAUGGCAUGUCUAGCUGCAUGACCCCAUAUGCACCAAGCGAGACCAGCAUUGAAUGGAGUGUUGUCACUGCCAGUGCAGCGGACUACUCAUUUGUUUCAGAUUAUGAUGAAAAGAAAUCAGAAGAAAAUAUUAGAGCUCCGGGAUCAAAAACAGCCAGUAGAAUGGCCAACGCCAAAGUUUUACCAGACAAAGAGGCACAAAGAAGCCGAUCAGGUGGGAUAUUGGGGUGCACGAGUCACAAAGCAGUCAUGGUUGCUGAAACUACAUACAGAAGAGAUGAGAUUAGUCACAAAGCAGCCUUCUCACCUGCACCAGCUUCCAAAAUCAGUCACCGCCAUGCCAGCAAGACUCUUACAAGCUGAUAUUAAGGUAAAAGAUCUUGAUUUCCCAUAAGCUUAACAAGGCUUUUUCCAUGAGGAAACUCACUGUUUCUCUUCUACUUUUUAGCACAUGCAUUACUGCCUCUGCCUAUGCAGCAGGGCAUGGGUAAAUCAAAGAUGAUUAUGGAAGAAGAUAGCUGAAAACUUUCCUAUUUGACAUAAAAUUUUCUCUUAAUUAUGUAAUUUCUCCAAAAUAUUACAUGUAUAAAUUUCACCUUUGCUGUAUUGUUUUUCUGUAUGCCUUUUAAGUACUGAUUUUCUCUCUAGAAAAUUUAGCACAAUGAUCCAUAUAGUUUGUCACUAAAAUGCACAACAGCCUGAAAACAUAAAAGGAGAAUCUGAAUUUGUCUAGGCAAUUGGACCCAAAAGAGGGUUAAUAGACCACAUAUACCUGACCACACUUGUCUAAUCAAUUAUCUUUAUUCA